CAGCUGGUGUUGAAGCCGAGAAACGAAAGUGUUUGUGGAUGAAGCAGUGACGCUGUCAGGAGUGGCUAAAGCUUCGUUAUAUAGAGAUGUCAAAGUGAUGCUUCAUCUCCAGGUGACAAAGACAACUAUGGAGCUUCUUCCUCUCGUGUGUGUUUCUCUCCUGACUUGGUCUGGAACAACGUUUGCUGAUGAAAACGAGCCAAAUGUCAUCAAAGUGAUCGUGGAAGAAGGAAGUGACGCCAUUUUACCCUGUUCACCCAGCAGCAAGGAGAACAUUGUGUCACAGCACUUUGACUGGAAGAAAGAUGGUCAGAAGGAGGUGUUCCGGUAUGAUGCAGGACCUCAUAGCAAUGACGGCCGUUCAGGUCAAGAUAAGCAGUUCAUAGGACGAGUCUCACAUUUUGAAGAUGAACUGAAGUCAGGAAACGCCUCCAUAAUCAUCAGACAUACGAAGGUGGCUGACAGUGGAGACUACACCUGUGAAUUUCCACUUCUUCAGCCAAGACAAAUAUUCCACAUUAAGCUUCAUGUUGGUGGUAUCUUAAAAGACAGAACAGCUGAAAACAUCCCAGGUGCAGCUCCAGAGCCAUCCGUCACAUCACUUGAUGAAACAAAGAACUGGGCGCUGCUUCAAUGUAAAGUUCGAGGUGCUUCUCCAAAACCUAAAUUACGCUGGCAGGACAGUGAUGGAAACAUCCUUCAUGCUGAAGAACCAAAGGUGACAGAAAGAGGAGGCCGCUACGACGUCAUCCUCAACAUUAAUGUGACCAAGACCGACAACUAUCGCUGUGUUGCUACGCAGGAGGAAAUCAAACAUCAGAUUUAUGCUGAGACACACGUGUAUGUCCAUGACACAACAGCUGAAAACAACCCUGAGCCAAAUGUCAUCAACAUGACUGUGGAUGAAGGAAGUGAUGUCAUUUUACCCUGUUCACUCAGCAGCAAGGAGAGCAUUGAGUUUACAAGGUUUGACUGGAAGAAAGAUGAUCAGAAGGAGGUGUUCGUGUAUGAUUCAGGACCUCAUACCAAUAUCGGCCAUGCACGUCAAGAUGAGCAGUUUAAAGAACGAGUCUCACAUUUUGAUGAUGAACUGAAGUCAGGAAACGCCUCCAUAAUCAUCAGAAAUACGAAGGUGGCUGACAGUGGAAACUACACCUGUGACUUUCCACAACUUCAGCCAAGACAAAUAUCCCACAUUAAGCUUCUUGUUGUUGAUUUAGCUACAAAGCCAAAUGUCAUGAUAGUUGAUCUAACAAAGAACUCGGCGCUGCUGCAGUGUGAAGUUCGAGGUGCUUCUCCAAAACCUAAAUUACGCUGGGAGAACAGUGAUGGAAAAAAACUUCCAGCUGAAGAACCAAAGGUGACAGAAAGAGGAGGCCACUACGACGUCAUCCUCAACAUUAAUGUGACCAAGACCGACAACUAUCGCUGUGUUGCUACGCAGGAGGAAAUCAAACAUCAGAUAUGGUCUGACAUAUACGUGUUUAUCUCUUGUUCCUGCACUAGAUGGAUUGUUGCUGUUGCAGUUCUCGGUACUGUUGUUGUUGUUGUUGUUGUUGGUAUUAUUCUUCUAGCUGUGCUCAAAUGGAAGGGUUGCAUCACACUGAAUAUAAAGAAAGGCAGAAGUGGUGUGAUUUAAGAAACAGUCCACAUAAUCAACAGGAGGUUUUCCAGUUUGACGCGUGUCUUGAAGCUGGCAGCUGAAGUGUGUUUGUGUUGUUGUAUCUUGAUUUUUAUGAGGAUCAGUUUGAGUUUUAGACCAAAGAGUGUAGACAUUUUUGGAGCAGUUUGGGCAUUUUGUCCAGUUCUCAUUUAUCCAAAGAGUUGUUUCUAAGUUGAGGUUUGGUUUUAGGUUUAAAGAUAGAAAUAGACGACUGUAUAAAGCUGUUAACUGAAAGAUUAAACUUCCUGUCUGACUGCAGCAGGACCAGGAGGAGGCAGUGUAGCAACAACAUGAUAUCAAAUAUAAAAGACUAAAAUACCCCAAAACAGAGAACAGAACAGUUUCUGCUACUGACCUUAAAACUUGUUUUUUUCAUAACCCCAAUCCCAAACAUUUAACCUCAUUAAGUCAUACUAUAGUAACCUCACUAACAUUUUGUUGGAAUAAUUGAGAGAAAGCAAACACUGGUAUGAAAGGUUACACUUGAAAAAGUCCAAAACUAACCUUUAAAUGUUCAAAAAUGUCAUAGAAUUUAAUUUGUGCAUUUGCAGAAUUUCACUGUUCUGUCUGAUUUGUUUUGAUAAAAAUUGCUGUAAAUAUGCUGAGUUAACCAAAAGUCUGAUUUUCAUCCACAGUCCCUCAACAGCUGUUACAUAGUUCAUCUAAAAUAGUGCAUUCAAAUAUAUAAAACACAUAAUAAAAUAGAACAAACAUAUGAAGAGCAGUUUUUUUAAAGACUGGAGUUAACAGGCUGAUGGCAGCAGAGAUUAUUUACCGUUUAAUGCUGACAGAACUGAUUGUCAUUGAACCUUCCUUUAAUUAGAAUUAUAUUAACUGUAUGUGUUUAAUACUCUGAUGGAAAACUAAUACAGUCUAAUACAACAGGCCUGCAGUAAAUCCUGCCUUCAUCAAGGUUCUAAUGUUCAGUUUUUGUUGAACCUGUAUGACAGAGGUGUCGACUCAACUUGAGUUAUUUUGGAGGCUUUAGUUUGUGGUGCUGUUGAAUUGUAUUGGGUUUUAUACUGAGAGGUGUUUUCAACUCAUUGAGUCAACAGUGUCACAAACUACAGCCUCCAAAAUGAACAUAAAGUUGAUUUAACACCUUUUAGAAAACAAAGUUAGCAAAAGUUGAACAUUAAACCUUCUAUAAAGUUAUGAGAUUACUGCAGGUUGUUGUAUUAAACUGCAUCAGUUUUAGCUUGUGUACCUAAUAAACUGCAACAGAGAGUAGUUCCACUCUUGUGCUUUGAAGAAAACUCAGACUAAGAGCAGACUCAGUCAUUUCCUCUCUGAUUCUUUGCUCUGUUGUGUUUUUAUUGUUUUAUUUUAGUAUUUUGAUGGUUUUAUUAUCACCUCGUAAUGUAUUUCAGUUUUAUUCAGGCUCUGUUGUCCAUGUACAAUAGAUUAAUCUCAUUCAUAAAAUGGUUUAAUGUCAAGCUGAAAUACAACUAUAAAACCAUCCACUGGACUGUUGUUGAGAACAUUAUAGUUCAUAGAUAAAUGACAUGAACCUGCAUAGAAACACAAUCAAACUACCUGAGACAGUUUGUGAUUAGUCAUUUUGGAUUUAAGACUUAAACAGAAUGAAAAAUAAAAAAUGUGAUAAUGAGGUAGCAAAGCAGGAUAAUCAAACAAUCACUGAAAAUAUAAAUCAACACACAACAGAAUUAAAGUGAACUGAGUUAAAAAGGGACCAAACUCAGUCCAGUCCCUGCUGCUCCUGUCCUCAGCCUGCAGCCUGCAUGGUAGCUCACUGCCAUCAGUGUGUUUAUGAGUGUUAAUGGAUGAAUGAGAGAAAAAUUGUGAAGCACUUUGGAUAAAAGUUCUAUAUAGAUGCAGCACAUUUAGCAAAUAUUAUCAUCCUUAAAAAUCCUCCUUCCAUCCUUUUUCAGCUAAACUGAAAUAAAAUGUGUUGUUGAUUUUUAAACAAGCAUGUGUUAUUUAUUUGUAUUUUUAAUGUUCUCAGCCAGAAUCAGUCAGGUACAGUUUCAUACUGAACUAUAAACUGUUGACUGAUCUUUGAAUCGUGCUGAAAGUUCAUGUAUGUUCAUGUUUACUGAUGAUGCACUUGCAGGUUAUCGUGUAAUUUCAGGCAGUUCUUCAUCAUUUUUGUUCAAAUGUUUGAAUAAAACAUGAAAAUGUCAAA